CUCGCUCGCGCUCGCAGGCGUCCACACUCUUGGGCAAGCAGCGCGCCCGCACCUGGCCUGCAACUCCACACUUCGCACCUCACAGCCCUCCUCCACGCACAUCUCAGCAAUACCAUGGCGAAUGCUCUGAUGGUGUGUCUAGCCUUGCUCGUUUUGUCAUCACUCAAGACGCUCACGGCGCUAUUCACAAAGGAAGCUAAUUCAGCAUCGGAGCUGAGCGCGUGGAGCGGCGAGGAGGAGCUGGAGCGCGGCGCCUGCGCGCGGCCGGAGGAGCGCAGCCCUCGGUCCCUGGGCCAGCUCUUCGGCGGCGGCGGCGGCGGCGUGGGCGGCGGCGACGGCAGCGUGGACCUGCUGUCGCUGCGCGCCAUCUUCGACAUGGCGCUGGGCGUGCUGGGCGCGCUGCGCCGCGGAGCGGAGGUGGACGUGGAGCGCGCGCGCGCAGCCGAUGCCCAGCAGCGCUACUAAUAAUAGGGCCCCGUCGCGCAGCUGCUGCGCGCCUGGGGACUUUGAAGGCGGCACUUCACAUUCGGCUAUCAGCCGCGUGGAGCGUGCACGCGCCGCCGUCGCGCAGCAAGACUACAGAUGAAUGAUCCCGGCGCGCAGCCGCUGCGCGUGUGAGACUUUGCUCUAAAGGUGACUCCUCACAUUCGGCGAGCAGCGAGUGACCCUUGCCCAGUCCCUAGUAGUCGAGGUGCUCGGCGGGUGUUCGCUUCCUUUGAUGCAAUCAAAAGGCCGACACUCUUCGGGUUGGGCGAGCACCGAAUGUUUGGCGCUCAGCAAGGAGUAAGCGACCCGUCCACACACUUCGGCGUUCAGUGAUCGGUCGCUCGCUACUCGCAGAAAGCCGAAUGUGUGGUGCCGCCUUAAGAUAGGCCAGCUCAACCACCUGGAUUCCGAGCAUCGUGAUCUGAAAACUGCCCGGGAGAUUCCAUUCUCCUCUUACUCUUCGUCGAGUGGCCCGCGGCAACCACCACUGCGAACCUGACCUUUUCAGAACUGAACCUGGAACAUUAAGCAUAACCGCAGUGAUGAUGCCCUGAAACUGCCCUGGGCGAUGACCCUAGAACCACAGUUUUGAGCAAGCCUGCUUUCCAAGGAGAAAUCCCCAUUUAAACACAGUGAAAUGUCCUAAAUAAUUCGGUACACUUUUUGAAACUCUGAAGUUGUUUGUGCUUAAAACAGGUAUUUCUUUAAAAUAAAGUGACGCUCUGAAUUGUACUUAAGUGUAGUUAUCAUCUGUUAAAGUCAUUAAUAGACUACAAAACAUAGCUGUGUGUUUAAUUCUGAUUCAUAGUAUGACUAUUGAAAAUGUUAAGUUUAACUAUAAAAUAUCAUCAAAAUUAAAAUAAAUUUGUUUAUUUGG